AUGGAUCGAACUAUGACGUCCAAGUUGUAUCCUGCCAGUGCUGCCACAGCCACUAAAGCCUACACUUGUUUUUGUUCCAUCAUUUGGUACAUAACCAUGUCAGAUAAUGCAGGUGGACAAAGUACCAAAAGGUGUAACAAGUCAUCAGUCAGCUUGAAUAGGAAUACUCCUACCCAACUUCAGCAAGAGUUAGGUGCUAUAUUUAGAGUUCUAAUGGCACAAGGCUCUGGGAAAUAUUUAGGAUUACCUAUGAAAUGGGGUAGAUCAAAGAAACAAACCCUCACAUGGGUUAAGGUAAGGAGAGGGUCCAAGCAAAGGUGGCAGGCUGGGUUAAGGAGAGGGUCUAUUGACUCACUGUCAAAUGAGCCAGUGAUACUGUUGGUGGAAGUGGGAACCAUUCAGGAAGACAUCUGCAAGUAUAUGCAACAGCUCCCUUCAAUUCAAUUGCGAGCAGUCAAGAGGGACCUGAACUAG